CUAUCAUUACACAGAGUCUCUGAUCUCUGUUCUUCCGCUCAAAAAAAGAAAGAAGAACGACGCUGUAGGGCAGACAGGAUUCAAAGAAGAGACCGAGUGUGACAGUUCUGAGAUUGUGAUUCCAUAACGAACACGAAAGCUACGUUCUCAAAAUGGCCGGAAUGCCUGUUAUGGUGAUGAACACCGGUCCAGAGAGACAACAUGGACGUAAAGCUCAAACUGCCAAUAUCGUCGCCGCCAAAACUGUGGCAGAUGUUAUACGGACUUGUCUUGGACCUAAAGCUAUGUUGAAGAUGAUUCUUGAUCCUAUGGGUGGUAUCUUAUUGACCAACGACGGACACGCCAUUCUACGUGAAAUAGACGUAGCUCAUCCCGCUGCUAAAUCCAUGAUUGAGCUCUCCCGAACUCAAGAUGAAGAAGUAGGAGACGGUACCACAUCAGUCAUCAUUCUCGCUGGUGAAAUCCUAGCACAUUCCAUGCCUUUACUCGAACGUAACAUUCAUCCCGUAGUUAUCAUCCGCGCUUUCAAAUCUGCUCUUAACGACGCUCUUGAAACCAUCGCUAAAAUAUCCAUCCCAGUGGAUAUCUCAUCAGAAUCCGAGAUGCUCGCAUUGAUCAAAACUUCCAUCGGGACAAAAUUCUCCUCAAGAUGGUCAGAUCUCAUGUGCUCACUUGCAUUGCAAGCGGUCAGAACUGUGGCCGUCUCUGCCGAAGCGGAAAAUGGUUUGGUAGGUGCCAGUGAAAAAGGUGUGGGGGGAUUAAACAUCAAGACGGUGGAUAUAAAGAGAUAUGCAAGGGUGGAAAAGGUACCAGGGGGUGAGAUUGAAGAUUGUAGAGUUCUCAGUGGGGUCAUGAUCAACAAAGAUGUGACACAUCCGAAAAUGAGGAGAAGAAUUGAAAAUCCCAGGAUCGUCUUACUUGAUUGUCCGUUGGAAUAUAAGAAAGGAGAGAGUCAAACGAAUAUCGAAAUCACCAAAGAAGCGGAUUGGAAUAGGGUUUUACAGAUUGAGGAGGAACAGAUCAAAUUGAUGUGCGAGAAGAUUAUCGAGUUCAAGCCUGAUCUGGUGUUUACAGAAAAAGGAGUGUCGGAUUUGGCUCAACAUUACCUUCUCAAAGCGAACAUUACUGCCCUCCGUCGUGUCCGUAAAUCAGACAAUAACCGUAUUGCCCGAGCUGUAGGAGCGACCAUUGUCAACCGUGUUGAAGAUCUCCGAGAGUCAGAUGUCGGUACACAGUGUGGCUUAUUCCACAUCGAUAAACUCGGUGACGAGUAUUUCGCAUUCAUCGACGAAUGUCGGAAUCCUAAAGCCUGCACCAUCCUCCUUCGUGGACCGUCAAAGGACAUUUUGAAUGAAAUCGACCGUAAUCUGGCCGAUGCGAUGAGUGUGGCGAGGAAUGUCGUGUUCAACCCUAUUCUCGCACCGGGAGGUGGAGCAACUGAAAUGGCCAUCAGCGUCGCUCUGUCCGAGAAAGCCAAGUUGCUUCCUGGUGUCGCGGGUGCUCCGUACAAAGCUAUCGCCGAUGCUUUAGAGGUGAUACCAAGGACAUUGGUACAGAACUGCGGAGGCAAUGUUAUCAGAACUUUGACAGAACUUAGAGCAAAACAUGCCGAGGGACUUCAUCUCUUUGGUGUAGACGGCGAUACUGGAAAGGUGACGGAUAUGAAGGUCUAUGGUCUGUUGGAAUCAGCAAGUGUAAAGAUACAGACUUUGAAGACUGCCAUUGAGUCGGCCACUCUUUUGCUCAGAGUAGAUGAUAUAGUUUCUGCUCGUCGACCGGAGGAGGGAGGUGGUGGUGGUGUGCAAACGAUGGGUGGAGAGAUGGGAGAAGAUGGACCACCUGAAGGACCCGAGCAGUAAGUUAAAGGGAUAGGGUGUGUUAGUAUAUGGUCAAUCUAUGCAUUGCAUCGUGGAUUU